AUGCAAGAAGAGCCGCUUGCGUCGUCUCGUGGACGCUGGCUUGCUCGUCGCCGCGUGUCACGACUGGAGAGCGGGAAUAGCCGGGACGAGACCAGCUCACCGCUCUCUGCGCUGACCCAACUACUGAGUUUUCGCUCCCGUGCGAGCAUGACCGACGCGCGCGUCGUGGCCAUCGCCCGGGCGACGUCCGUGGACGGUGAUGACCGCGAAGAGACUGUGGACGGCGGGCUCCGCUUCAUCCCGGCCUGUGCGCGCGACCGCAUCAAGUACACAGGGCGACUGCUCCACCACGGGGCGCAGUGUGCCCGCAAGACCAAGAUCAAUACGGUGCAGUUUGACUGGCCUGCGGUGGCCUUUGAGGUAUCCGUUCAAGGCACGAGUCUCGUCGCGAUCCGACUUAAAGGAGACGGCAACUACUUCAACGUGUUCGUCAACAAUGAGCUACACUGCAUCCUGCGCGCGUCACUCACUGCGACGUGCUGCGAUGUGGCAACUGGGCUGGAUAUCAAGCAGAAGUACACGAUCCGAAUUUGCAAGCGCACAGAGCCGCAGAUGCGAGGUGCGAUGUCGACGUUCAAGAUCUGCACAUUCUACGGAUUUAUUAUCGAGGAAGAUGCCGAGGUCUUUUCAGUGGACCAGCUCGAGUCGCAACCUGUGCGCAAGAUGGAGUUUAUUGGUGACUCCGACACCUGUGGCUUUGGUAACGAAGGAAAAGCCAGCAGUGCCAAGAAUUUGUUUGGGAUGAAGGGGCGUAUGGAAAACGUCUACAAUAGUUACGCGUGCGUGACGGCGCGUAUGUUUGAUGCAGAAGAGCAUGUGCUGGCAUGGAGCGGUAAGGGUGUGCAUAGCAACUCCGCGGACUGGGGACCCAACAUGCCGGCCUUGUGGAAAAAUACGCUCGCGUCGCGCCAGAGCGACUGGGAUAUGUCCAGUUGGAUACCUGACAUCGUUGUGAUCAACCUCGGCAUCAACGACUUAUCCCCACCCGCUUCCGCGGAGACUGACAUUAUCACGGGCUACGCGACGUUUGUACUGGAAGUACGCUCCUACCGUCCGGAUGCACACAUUUUUUGCGUGGUAUACGACGAGGGAUGUAUAAGCUCGGAAGACUCGGAGACGAACCGCAAGUUUGUGUCACUGCAGCUGCAGGAGAUUGUGAAAGUGGCGAUCUCGAAGGUCAGCAAGCACGACGACAAGGUGCACUACACAUUCAUCAAGGUGGGCGAAGGCCUGGAAAAAGAGGAUUACGCGUCCAUGAUGCACUUUGCCGUCAGUGGCCACGUCAAGAUUGCCAAGGUGCUUGCAGAGGAGAUCGCGCUGCGCACAGGGUGGAGCGCAGUGCACGAGCCCGAGACGAUGCCGUAUCCGCAGGCGAAAGACCAAAUUUUGACGCCUCGAGACCACUCGAAGACCUCCUGCACGAUGUCGUAG